CUUCUGGCUAUUUGAUAGUAUGUUCACUUUUACUUUCUACAUUUGACAGUGAUACUUUGAAAAGCUGACCUUCGGCCAGUUGACCAAAGUUUAUACCUUCAGGGACUUUUCAUCAUUUUUUUUGCUGACCGCUGUUUUUCUGGAUACUUUUCGUUAAGUUUAAUUUCUUUUUUGUUACAAAGUUUGUUUUUCUGAUUAACUAGUGAUUCAAGAUUUAUUCGGAUCAGGAAACCGUAUGCAAAGACAUUGACUGGAUUUACUUUUUAACUUAAAUGAAAUGUAAACAUUGCCUAAAGCGCGGAUAUUGGUGUUCAUAAAGUGGGAUACUGAUCGAUCAAGCCUCGGGUGGCUCCCUCUAGCGGGUAGACGCUCCCCGAUGAUGACUGCUGAGUUAAGCCCCGUUGAUUCUACCCAACUUACUUCAGUCUCCGAUGAAAACGUUGGGAUAGAAAACGGUGUGCUAAAGUCAAACGGAGUGUUAACAGAGUUGGAUAGGGUCUCCCCGACGUUUUAUAAACGCGAAACAAUGCCGACGGCAUUUGGCCUAGUUGUAGAUCAGAAUGGAAAUACUACAAAUGGCACGGAGGAGAGACGGGAUGUGUUGGGCUCCCAUGCGGGACUCGGACAGCUGGUGGCUACAGUAUCAACGGCGGCGUCUUUCCCACCGGCACCUAGACUAUCACAUACGCCGACGUCGGAUUUUCAGCCGCCAUAUUUUCCGCCACCAUAUAACCCAAUUUCACAACAGCCAGUGGAGUUUCAUCCUCACCACGUGAAUGCAGACCCCUAUUCUCAUCUAAGUGGGUUCCAGGCCCCACAACAACACUACCAUCAACUUCAAGAUAGAAAUGUGCUCCGCCAUAGAGACGAUAUACACAAUAUGGCCGGUGGCCUCCAACCCCAUGAUAGAAAUAGGGGAGACUAUGGUGGCAUGGGUCGCACUGAUCUUCUUGUGCCGCGGGCCCCUUUGUCUAUAGGGUAUGGGGAUACAGACCCUUCCCUGCUUAAUUUACACGGGGGAAACAUGAUGGACGACGGGACUCAGGGUAUGGACGAUACUGGGGGAUAUUUGGACCAAAAUCAGUCAGUCAUAAGAAAAGGUAUUCGACCUAAGUUAGAAAACGGCAAACAACUAAUGAUCACCUCUUCAUUGACUGGUGGCGCCCCCACAGAUGUGUUCUGUUCUGUUCCAGGACGUCUUUCUCUCCUAAGCUCAACCUCAAAAUAUAAAGUCACAGUAGCCGAGGUCCAACGAAGAUUGUCUCCCCCUGAAUGUCUCAAUGCAUCGUUACUAGGUGGAGUUUUGCGAAGAGCAAAGUCAAAGAAUGGAGGAAGAUCGUUACGUGAAAAAUUAGACAAAAUGGGCAUGAAUUUACCCGCUGGUCGAAGAAAAGCUGCAAAUGUUACGUUACUGACAUCUCUAGUCGAAGGGGAAGCAAUUCGUCUUGCACGUGAUUUUGGCUAUUUAUGUGAAACAGAAUUUCCCUCUCGUCAGUGUGCAGAAUACAACACUCGGCAGUAUUCGGACCCUACCGACCAAAUGACCAGGAAAAAUAUGAUUCUUGCAACUAAACAAAUAUUGAAAGAACUUAUGGACUUGUUAAAUCAGGACAGAUCACCUCUAGGAAAUACUCGACCUCAGCUAAUCUUGGAACCCAACAUUCAAAGACACCUUUCACAUUUCAGUUUAAUAACACACGGUUUUGGGUCACCAGCAGUGGUUGCUGCACUAACUUCAGUACAGAACUAUCUUAACGAAAUGUUAAAAAUAAUGGACAAAAGUUUUGCUGCGCCAAAUAGUAUGGACCCUAAAAAGACAGAAAAGGACGAGUGACGCCCACUGUAGUUUUUGUUUGUCAAAAAUGUUACGGCAUUAUUUAUAAUGGUGCAGCCACUGAAAUAUACUGCGGGGAAUUUAUCAAACCAAAAACAAAAAACGAUCAUUACAGCAUUAACAGCGUAGUUGUAUAUUUAGACAUUCAAUGAGGACUGCAACAAGGGUGGUUAUUCGUCCAACUUUGUUCAAGCAAAUAUAAAUGUAAAGUUUGUUUGGACUAUAUUUAGAUGAGUUAUUCAAUAAUGUAUUAAAAACCUCGGGAAACAAACAUGUGACUUACAGAUGUCUGUAUACCUGUCAAAAAAUAAUGUGUUAACUGACAUUGUUAAUGAUGAUUGAUGGAUUUCCAAUCGAUCAUUGAUCCCCACAUUAGAUACAAGGAGUUAUGUGCAGACAUACACACGCAUACUUGUUGCAUGAUUCAGAUGUUUAAAAUAGAUAUGUGGAAUGAUGUAUUGUUGAUGGAUUGUGUUGAACACAAAUGCUUGCCAUUUUAAAAGGUUUUUGUUUAACUGUGAGUUUUUUUUUUGCACUAUAGACCCAAGUAACUUGCUAGCAGAAAUCCAGUCAUAAGUGUUGAGAGAUUUUUAGAUAAAUACUGGAAUAUACCUUAUAACAUAUAAGACAUUCGGCAAUAUUACUUCAAAUGACUAACGAUAAUGAUAAAAAUAAUACCGAACGCAAAUAAUUUAGUAAAUUAAGUUAAAGGGAGAUAAUAUCAGUGCCUUGCCAAAUUUACUUACAGAGGUUAUUUAGUCUUGCCAGAACUAUAUGCCAAAUAGUGAGCUAAUGAUAGUUCAACAAAAUAAACAAUGUUUUAGAUGGCUACGAUGUAUCAAUACGGCUACUCUAUUAAUCUUAGGACAAGUCAUUAUCAUUUACCUGGUAUAAUACACAUUAAACAUUUCUUUACGUUUUCAAAUCAGUUUCUUUUUCGAUGUUGUUUUCGACAGAGUUUUGAGCUGAUCAAUAUAGAUUAAGCAGAGAUAUUUUUAAAUGUUAUUUUCUUCAUCAGCUUUUAAAUAUAAACGGCUAAUGUAUGUGAGCAAACCAUAAUUUUGAUUUCUUAACAAAUAUGAAUCAGAAUACUGAUAUAUAAGUCCUAAACAACUCUAGUUUUAUCUUGUUACCUUUAUCACUUUUUCAUUAAAAUGUUUAGAUAGCCGAAUUAGAUUAUUGACACAGAAAGUCCUAAGUAUAAAAACAAUGUUGGUUUAUUUUGUUAAAUAUCUUUAAUACUUUAUUUCAUCAUUGUUCAGGUCAGAUAGUUCAACGAUGUGUUCUUUUAUCUCUUUUGUACAGUUAAUAUAUAUUAUAUAAAUACGCCUAUAUACAAUGUAUUAUUUAUUUUAUUUUUUCCAUUUUUCAUUUUUGUCGAAGUCAUAUUUAAACAUAUAUGUGUUUUCACUAUGUCUCAUUUAGAUGAUUUAACGGGUCUUUAUAAUUAUACAUGCAUAUACUAAAAUGUUUUAAGACCCACCACGACUCAUUUUAUUAUUCCUUACAUUUCUGACCAUUUUUAAUCUAAAAAUUAACUCUUUACAUGUUUGGAAUUAAUGUUGUCUGCUAAAAUGUCAUCUGCUUAUAUUUUAAUGUUAUUAAAUUUUUCUCGAAAUUGACACAAAACUAAAAGAUAACGGUCAAGCAGCGUGGUGCCACUAAGGUAGAUCUACUCGAUAUCUUAACUUGUACCAAACAAGCAAAGGCUUUUGUGAGGUUCAGGGUAAAGCAACUACAUGUUAAUCUUUAUAAAUAUACGACAAUAUGUUUUGUUUACAGUUUUUGAGUGGUUGACGUUACAAUACAUAUAAUAUCCCAGGAAAGAUUUUACACUGGAAUAAGAAAAGGAUGGAUGACAUGAGAUAGGUCGAGGUGGGACUUAAAGUAAUUAUAGUUGAUACUCAUUAUUUUUGAGUGAUUCAUACGCAAAUCACAUGUGUACAAAAUUAAUCCAACGCGAUUGCUUCACGCAAUCUUAAACAAUUCUAGUCCUGUUUUCAAAUAUAACUACGCAAUGCUUGUAUUAAUGCUUAUCAUUUGACCGUUAGAAGGAACUAUUAUCAUUUGUUGUAUACGACGAGAGCAAAAUUAUAGUUCGUAGAUAAAGAAAGGGUUAUCAUUCAUUUUAAACCAAAUUUGUUACAGAAUUAAAUAGUAAAAAGCUUUUCUAAAUUAUUAAAAAUAUAAACUUGUUUCUUUUUCCUCAUCAGGUUUUUAUAAGUAUAUUCGAAAGAUGGCUGAUAACUUGGUGAAAAAUGUAUGAUUUAUAAUUUUGCAAUCAUUAGGUCUUGUAUUCAGAUCGAGGUAGGUUUGGUAAUUUGCUUACUUAUAUCUGCAAACAAAAGAUUUGUACUAUUUUUAUCUUUUGGAAUCUUCAAUUGCGUAAGUUUGACAAAAAUGUGGAGGAAUAUAGUCUUUUUUUAAAUUGGUUUACUAUCGUGUAUAAAACUGAACACAAUACCAUGCAGCCAAGUCACCCCUAACUAAUAUUUUUAUAUAAAAAACAGUUAUAGACACAUAUACACUUAGAGAUAACUUACAAUGUUUAUAUGUUAUUUAUAGAUUAGGACAGCAAAUAAUGAUGUAACAUAAUUAUACAGAUAUUACAUUUACUUUUUGAUUUGCUGUAUGAUUAUUUGGUAUAGAUUAUAACUCCGAAUAUAUUAUUAGAUAAAUUUGCAACCAUAUGAAAAUUUUCAAAACAUGGGCCAACUUAUUUGCAAUCUUGGAUUAAUCGGUUUUAAAUCAUAUCUUUAUUUCAUUGUGUUCUGUUAAUCCAUGGACAGUAUUUGUUAAUUUUAUACAGAAAAUGAUACUAUGUAUUUAAGUUGAUUUUUUUCUUCAUGUACGAUUCUUCACUUUUUUCGGUAACAUAUAUAAGAUAUUUGUAUACUACAAUGUGAGUCAUACGACUUCGUUAAAAGAUGGGAAAUUUGGCCUACCGCACAGUCAGAUGUUAUUAGAUACAAAGCCAUUAUUACCUAAUUCUGAAUAUAACUUAAUGGCUAACCAUUUAUAAAUACACAUUCAUUUAAUUUCUUUCUCAUUGGAAAAAAAAAUGAAAUAAAACAAGACGCAAUAUAUGUUUAAUCAUUAUCAAAUCACAUUUUGUAUAGAUGUAAAUUAUUUCUUUCUCUUAUUUAGCAUUAAUUUAAUUUGUAUUUGCCAUACCUAUUUGACAGGGACUUUUUGUCUUGAAAAAAAACCACGUUAUAUCAUAGGCAUGUGCAUGGGUUUCUAAAGCUGCUGCAAAAGUAAAAGAUGCCCAUCCCUUUUAUUCAGUUUUGGUUACAAUUUAAAACAAUGUGCGAUUUGUUUUAUACCACAUCCAUAGUUUAAUGGUAGAAUGCGUAUGAGUUCACGUAAUUUUUUUUAAGUUAACCUUGUUUUGAAACAAAUUUAAAUGUGGUGUUGAUUAACGAUGUAGUGACGACAUAUCAGUGUCCAGUAUUUUGCAGUACAUUAUACCCCUUCAACCGUUAUGGGUAUCUUUUGUAUGCUGAAGAGAGGGAGAAAACUUAAAUAUGGUCAAAGACUUUUAACCAUCUUUGUUUAAUGUUAAAUUUGUUCAUCCUUGGAUAAAAGGAUUUAAAUAUUUUUGUUUAUGUGUACACUCUGAGAAUAUGUUUAGAACGAGAAUCUAAAAAUAGAAUGAGAAAUUAUCUAUAAAUAACUUACAAGGUUUUGUAUUAGACGAGGACAUUUUUAUAAGUGUGCAUUUUGUUGUUUGUGUCAAAUGUUAUGUGGUAGAAAUGAAUAAAAAUUCCAUUUCAAAGCAA